UUUGUUGUUUGUGUAAUCUAACCAUAAAUGGUCGCUGAAUCAAUUAAUUCAUCUAAAGUCCCGUGUUUGGCUUGCAUUUUGUCUGCACACAUUUCUAACUCUAGAAAUAAAUAGAAACUGUCAAAGCCGCGAUUAUCGAUUUAAAAGCGAUUCCUCGACUCCUUCGUCCUCCUUUUGUCUCCGGGUGCGCGUUCCCCGCUCGCGUUUCGUCGCUUCGUCGACCCUCCUAUCUAUUGUAGAAUUAAAUAGAAAUAUAGAAAAGUGCUCGCAGCGCCAAAAUGCCCAACCCUGGUAGGAUACGGAAAGAACAAAAAACUAGGUUUUCUUCUAUAAUUAAAACGCGCGGACUUCGAUCAUCACUCGCCAAGAAAGAGAAGUUGAAACAAGAUCUGAAACGCGUGAAAGAAAUGUCAAGAGAGAUCAAGAGACAGAAGGAAGAUGAAAAGAAGGCGAAGAAGGAACGAAGAAGAGAGAAUUUAAGGAGGACAGCAGAGAACGCGAAGAAGGCUGAAGUUGUACAAGUUAUUAAAAAUGUUGCAAAAAUAAAGAAAAUGAAAAAGAAGCAACUACGAACUAUUGAAAAGCGUGAUACGCUCAAUAUGUAAAUAUGAAUAAAAUGUUAUAAACAAAAUGUUAAAAGUACAUGUGUAUAUGUUUUAAGUCAUUAGUUUUAAUAAAACAAUUAAAACCGUUUCUGACUCUGAGCAUCAGAAA